GUCUGGUCCAGGGCAGGGUGCUUUUGGCCUCAUCUGGUGCUGUCCUGGAUAUUUGACGUAUUUUCUCAGAAUUUGGGCUUGAUUAAAUACGGUACCGUACGUCAGUGCUCUGGUCGGAGCUGUGAUCGUAACAGGCUUCUUGAGCUCCAGCAGAGCAUGUCCACCAUGGUGUACCCUCAUGAGGAGAGGCUAGAGAAGCUGACACAGGAGGAGAUCAUCUCCAGCACUAAACUGGUCAUCCAGGGUCUGGAAGCUCUGAAGAGUGAGCACAACUCAAUACUGCAGAGUCUUAUGGAGACCAUCCAGUGCUUGAAGAAGGAUGAGGAAGCCAGCUCGGUUCAUGAAAAGUCCAACCUCCUCCGCAAGUCUGUGGAAAUGAUCGAGCUGGGGCUGGGCGAGGCGCAGGUGAUGAUGGCUCUGUCCAACCACCUGAAUGCGGUGGAGUCGGAGAAACAGAAGUUGCGUGCUCAAGUGCGGCGGCUGUGUCAGGAGAACCAGUGGCUGCGAGAUGAGUUGGCAAACACGCAGCAGAAACUGCAGAAUAGCGAGCAGAACGUUGCACAGCUGGAAGAGGAGAAGAAACAUCUGGAGUUUAUGAACCAGCUCAAGAAAUACGACGAUGGCGCCUCGCCAGUUGAAGAGAAAAAUGGAGAGACUCCAAAAGAUUCUCUUGAUGAUCUGUUUCCCAAUGAUGAAGACUACCAGGGCCCACACCAGCACAACAGUGCUGCGGUUGCAGCUGCGCAACAGGGCGGGUACGAGAUCCCCGUCCGCCUCCGAACACUCCACAACCUGGUGAUACAAUACGCGUCUCAGGGCCGGUACGAGGUGGCCGUCCCGCUGUGCAAACAGGCUCUGGAGGAUCUGGAGAAAACCUCUGGACACGACCAUCCGGAUGUAGCCACCAUGCUCAACAUCCUGGCCCUUGUCUACAGGGACCAGAAUAAAUACAAGGAAGCGGCUCAUCUCCUUAAUGAUGCCCUGUCAAUCAGAGAAAAGACCCUGGGCAAAGAUCAUCCAGCUGUGGCAGCCACCCUCAACAACCUGGCAGUGCUGUAUGGGAAAAGAGGAAAAUACAAAGAAGCAGAACCAUUGUGUAAGAGAGCGCUGGAGAUCAGAGAGAUGGUGUUGGGGCGGGAUCAUCCAGACGUGGCCAAGCAGCUGAAUAAUUUAGCACUGCUGUGUCAGAAUCAGGGGAAGUAUGAGGAGGUGGAGUAUUAUUACUGCAGAGCUUUAGAUAUCUACGAGAAAAGACUUGGACCUGAUGAUCCCAAUGUCGCAAAGACCAAAAACAACCUGGCGUCGUGCUAUCUGAAACAGGGCAAGUACAAGGAAGCAGAGAUCCUGUACAAAGAGAUUUUGACACGUGCCCAUGAGAAAGAGUUUGGAUCUGUUGAUGCUGAGAAUAAACCCAUCUGGAUGCACGCUGAGGAGAGAGAAGAGAGCAAAGGAAAGCUGUCGGAGGGCAAUCAUUAUGGAGAAUAUGGCAGCUGGUAUAAAGCCUGCAGGGUGAACAGUCCCACAGUAAACACCACACUGAGGAAUCUGGGCGCUCUGUACCGUAAGCAGGGGAAACUGGAGGCGGCCGAGACUCUUGAGGAGUGUGCCAUGAGAUCUCGCAGACAGGGAGCAUCAGUGGACCCUCAGAGAGAUGGAGAAAGGCGGAGGAGCACUGCAUCCUUGUCCAGUGUGAAGUACGACUGCAGCAGUGACGCCGGAGAUGAAGGCAGUGUGGAGUGGAAUGGGGCUUAAGCUCUCAUCAUCUUCCACUUCUCUGUGCUUCUACAACAAAUCAAAUUACGUCUGUUCAAAUGGAUGCUGUGUAGUUUCCUCUCUGAUGUGUGGAGUGAGGAGAGAGAGCGCUAUAAUGACGGAAUAUCACCUUACAUUUCCUGUAUAUUGUCUGUCUCUGUCUCUCUCUUGUCGUAUACGAUUCUUCUUUGAACUUGCUGUUCUCAUUCCUACUUUUUCUCCUAUCCACCACUUUAUUUUUAGAAAGGAAAUGUCUAAGAACCAAUUUUGUUAAUCAUUCCAUAUUUAUUCAUGCAAUACAAAUGACUGGUAUAUGUCAAUAACCUGUAAUACGCUUCCCUCGUCUCAUUCCAAACUUCAGUGCUUUCUAUCUUCUGUAAAACAAAAGUUAUUUUCCUAUUAAUCAUGGUUAGGUUUAUGUUUGGGUUAGGGGUUUAACUUAAGAAAAAUCAUAAUAACAUUGUUCGUUGGUUCAUUUAUUUUUCACUGUAGGAGUAAAAGUUGUACACUUUGUACAAGACAACUCGUACGAUUUCGUACUAUUAAUAUGACUUGUCAUGAGACCGGGCUGCGAGUAUUAUAUAUAUAUAUAAAUACUCUAUUGUAUUUUGCAUAAAGAAAAUGACAAGGAUUUUUUGUUGCAUAGUCACAAUAAUUUCAUGACAAUUUAACACAUUUCCCCCACAAAUUCUUGUAUUCUUUCACCGUAAUGUGUAACAAAAUCUCAUAAUGUGUCUUAAUGUUUUACUUUUGAGUUUCUCAGUGAAUUCUCAGUGCUGAUUUACGUUAGAUUUUAAUUACAGUAAAAUAGUAAUUUUUAUUGUAUUACUGUUUUACUGUAAACAUUUCUGGAAUAUAAUGAUUAUUUUAUUUAUUUUUUUCCCUUUUUUCUCCCAAUUUGGAAUGCCCAAUUCCCAGUGCGCUUUUAAGUCUUCUUGGUCGCGUAGUGAUUCGCCUCAAUCCGGGUGGUGGAGGACGAAUCCCAGCUGUCUCUGAGUCUGAGACCGCCAACCUGCGCAUCUUAUCCCGUGGCUUGUUGAGCGCGAGAACCACAUUAUAACGACCACGAGGACGUUACCCCAUGUGACUCUACCCUCCCUAGCAACUGGGCUAAUUGGUUGCUUAGGAGACAUAGUGCGUGUGGAGGCUUCACGCCAGCCACCGUAGCAUCCACUCUCAGCUCACCACGCGCCCCACCAAGAACGAACCACAUUAUAACGACCACGAGGAGGUUACCCCAUGUGACUCUACCCUCCCUAGCAACCGGGCCAAUUUGGUUGCUUAGGAGACCUGGCUAGAGUCACUAAGCACACCCUGGGAUUUGAACUAGCAAACUCCAAGGGUGGUAGCCAGUAUCUUUUACCACUGAGCUACUUAGGCCCCCCUUUACACUACUGUGAUUUAUAAAUGCUUUAUAAUUAGUAAUAAAUUACAUUUAACCUCGUAUGACCCUGCGUUCACACGGUGAUACAACAACAUGAUGUUGAUUUCCGUGAAGCACUUCUACGGGCGCAGAGCAAACAAAAUGCGUCUGGUAAGAAACCUCUUUACGUUUUUACAUUGAAAUCUGUUUUGGUGUAAAGAGUAGCGUCUCUAGUUUCGUUUGAUAUGUCGCUUUAAAAAAAUUCAUUCAUUUUUCAUGCGUCAGUGGGCUGAUUAACAUUAUGUCCACAUACGUGGAUUUUGGGACAAUAUUCCCUCAAAAGUUGAAAAAACAUGUUCGUUAUUUUGAAUAACUUUCCACAUUAAUCUGUGGGUUAACAAUCUGUCCGCUUCAUUUUAAUAUACAUUUUGUUGUAUUUUAUUUUGUUCACUGUACAAUAUGGCUCCAUUCAUUAACAUUAGUAAAUGCAUUCCUAUAUUCACUGUGCAUUUUCACAUUGAGAAUCAAAGGAUUCAUCCAAAAACUUUUGCUUUCAGGGGUUUUAUAUGGAGUUAGGAUGAAAAUAAGGUGCAUUUCAAACUGUUCUGAGACCAGUGCAGUCAGACAGCACACUGGAGGUUAAGUCAUUCACUAAAUAGGGAGCAAUUGUUCAUCCUAUAGCUCUCUAUGUAGCUAAGUGCAAUCACUUCUAAAAUCUGACCAAAAGUUCAGUGCCACAGUGCGACCAAUCUUAAUAGUCCACAUUUUUAAUAGGCUUAAAUUUCUGUAUGCAAAAUGUUAUUUUGCUGAAAUAUAACCUGGACAUGUUUUAACGAGCCUCACCCAACAGCAUUUUACCUUACCAUUUUCCAGACAUCUUUUUCCUCAUUUAUAUAAUAUAAAUUAUAUUACCAAACUAUUAAAUCUGGGCAAAUACGAGAUUAUUAAGAAUGCCAAGAAUGCCACAGACUGAAUACAUGAGAUUUGACAGAAACCAAACUACAGAACAAACCAUAAAUCUAGUUUAAUACACGACACCUUACAGUUCCUUUUAUUUAGCAGAAAAAAAAAUAAAUAUAUAUAUAUAUAUAUAUAUAUAUAUAUAUAUAUAUAUAUAUAUAUAUAUAUAUAUAUAAUAUAUAAAUACCCAAGUGUCAAAAAAUUGUCAUAAAAUAACACUCCCAGUUAUAUUAAGUUUAAUUCUGCAGUGUUUAUUAGUACUAUUAAUGUGUGUAUUGACGGACAAAGGUUCCAUUUGGUCCAGUGAUGACAUGACAACAUGUUUAUAGACUACCUUUAUCAUUUUGCACAUAAGACUUGAGGAUUUUAGAUAUUAAAACAAAACUGCACUUGCAAUCACUUGUAUUUUAAAUAUUUCAGGUACUUACACUUAUAUUAUUAUUUGCCACUGAAGUCUUAAAAAGUGUUGAUGUUUAGUUAUGAAAGGUUUAGUUGAGGAAAGUGUAUUCACUAGGUUAUUUGGCUCGACUCAUCCAUUUGCAGUGAGACACAUAAAGGUGCCAUUGGCUUUUCAAAUAUCAGCUUUGCCUUUAAACGUCCACAGGCAGUGAGACAAGCUUUUGUGUUGCCAAAGCAGCUCCUUUUAGGAGUAAUACACGUGACUCUGAUAAAGGGUGACAGUUUAAUCAGAAUUGGCUCAAGAUGCCAACAUUACCAUCGCAAUUCAACAAACUUUUAAAUUUUCGCCUGGCUGACAAUAAAAUGGAAUGAAAAAUCCCAUUGACUUACAUUUUGUGUGUGUGUGUGUGUGUGUGUGUGUGUGUGUGGCCUCCUGCACAAUGAUGUACGUCUACGUUAAAUUAUAUGACAUUUAACCCAAUAAAGACUUUAAAGUA